GUUCCGUUUUCAUUAAAAAAAAACCCAACUUUCCCUCUCCUCAUCCCAUAUAACCCACCACCAUCAUUCCUCUUCCUAUCAACAAAUCAUACUUGAGAGAGAGAGAGAGAGAGAGACUUGAAUGGAAGGGGAGAUGGGAAGGAGCGGAAGCAGCAGCAAGAAGAGGAAGAUGUGGCUUUUUAAGAGGUUAAAGAUGAAGGAAUCUUGGAGAUGGAGAUUGAGGUUUUUGGUUUCUGCUUUCAAGUGGAAAAGGCUUAAAAUACAGCUUUCUUUGCUUGACGAUUUGCUUUUCAAGAUCAUCUCUGUUUUAGAGGCUAUUGUCUUGGUUAUUACCUUGUGCUUCUUUUUUCUUUGUUGCGGCUGCCAUUUUUGACAUUUGUCUCUUUAAUGUUAUUUUGGUUCAAAAAUCUUCUGUUCCAUGUUUUCUUUUUUCUUUUCAUGGUAUGUAUAGUUUCUUAAAUCUUUGGAGGAAAAAAAAAAACAGGGAGAAUUAGGAGGGACUGUAUCUAUUUACUUAUACGGUUUUCGUUUGUUAGUGCAAGUUGUUCAUGAUGGGAAUUUGUCACAGCUCAAAUUGAAUUCUCGAAUGCAAUAUUGAGUCGAAUAUAUAGUCAGAAUUCUGAGUUGGAGAUGACAAAAA